UGUAAAAAGUAUCCGAAUGAAUUUUGUAAGAUGGUACAAAACAUAUCCGAACUUGAAGUGUUAUUAACCAAAUCUAAACGGAUAACCCGAAAAACUGAAAAAACGAAAAAAAUCCAAAAAAAUAUCUGAAGAAACCGAUAUGAAUAUCCAAAAUAAUAUACAAUAUAAUUAUAUGAAACAUGAAUAUAUACUUCAAAUAUUCAGUUUUAUAUUUAUUUAGAUAUAGUAUCUAACAAUAAGUAUUUAAAAUUUAAAUAACUACUUUAAAUACUUAAUUAUAUAUAAAUAAGUAUAUUUCUUAUGUUUUGCUUUUAAAUUUUAGAUUUUAUUUCGGGUAUAUCCGAACUAAUCCGAUAUAACCCGAAUCUGAAUGAUAUAUGAUUAAUUUAUGGGUUUUAUGAUGUGAUACAAAACUGACCCGAAUCCGAAUCCGAAUCCGAAUCUCAUAUGUUAUAUCCGAAUCCGACCCACACCCGAACCUAAAUUAACCGUUGCAGUUCAAAUUUUGAUUAAAAAGUGAGAAUUACAAAUUUGAUACCGUCUCAGAACUUAUCUGUAUUUAGGUAUUAGUCCUAAACCUAUAUAUUUAUCUUAAUUGUUUACCAUUUUAUAUUGAUUGGUAACGUAAAGUCCAACGCUUUAUAUACUCUCUUCUCUUGUUCGGAAUAAAUUCAAAAGGUUCCGCAAAGAUUCUUGAUUUUCUCGAGAAAUUUAAAGAGGAAUAUCUCUCCAUGUGGCGUCGCGAGGAUCGUCGUGCUCCAGGUGGAGGUUACUGGACACCACCAGCGACGUGGAACAUGAAGAAAAGAGUUUACACGGAGAUGCCGAUGUCGGAGAGGAAAAGAACAUGUUCGAACGAGAAGCAAGAGCCGUUUCAUAUGGUCCACAAAGUUCCUUCUGGUGAUUCCCCUUAUGGUAGAGCCAAACAUGCCCAGUUGAUUAGUAAAGACCCGGAACGAGCUAUCUCCUUGUUUUGGGCUGCGAUAAACGCUGGUGAUCGAGUUGAUAGCGCAUUGAAGGACAUGGCUGUUGUUAUGAAACAGCUAGAUCGGUCUGAUGAAGGAAUCGAAGCUAUAAGAUCUUUUCGUUAUCUCUGCCCUUUUGAAUCCCAAGGUUCCAUUGAUAACUUGCUACUUGAACUCUACAAGAAGUCAGGGAGGAUCCAAGAGGAAGCUGAGCUGCUUGAACACAAACUCAAAACACUUGAACACGACACGCGUCACCGUGGUAUACUCACAAUCGCGAAAAGAAGCCAUGGGAAACAGAUCAGCUUGACCAUCGAGCAAGAGAAAGCACGGAUUCUAGGGAACUUAGCUUGGGUUCACUUACAGCUUCAUAACUAUGGAACCGCAGAGCAACAUUACAGGAAUGCUCUGACGUUGGAGCCUGAUAAUAACAAGCUGUGUAACCUUGCGAUCUGCUUGAUGCGUAUGGAUAGAAUCCAGGAAGCUAAAUCUCUACUUGAGGAUGUAAGGCUGACUCUAGGGAACACUCAAUGGACCGAUGAACCGUUUUACAAGUCCUUUGAACGGGCUACAGAGAUGUUAGCAGAAAGAGAACGGGUCAGUGUAGCGGUAGCGGAUCAUCCAGGAGAGAUUAUGAUAAGUAGCUCUUCAGAUAACUUCUCUUCGAACUGUUCUUUUGGGAGUUGGGUAAAGGAAACGGAAGCUCUAGCUGAACAAGGGAUCAUGUACUCCUUUGAUUCGGUUGAGUCGCCAGUUCUGAUUACACAACCCCGUGAGUGUAACUGGGUGGAUGAGGAAGUAGAUCAUCGAGUAGGGCAAGUGACGAUUGGUGCUGCUAGAAGACUAAGGUUUGGGAACACUUACGAGAAGGAGAAGAAGAAGAAGAGUGUGGAAUCAGCAGAGUCAAAUACUUGGACAAGCAAAGUAAGGAAGAUGUGUGCAGAUUCAGAGAAAGGAUAUCAAAGGAACGCUUCAAGAUCAUCUCAUUAGUCAAAGAACUGUUUAGGCUUUAACAAUAGAGUACUAAAUGAUUGUUUAGAUUUAGAAAAGUGUAGGAUAUGAAAUUAUAAAGCGAAGAUAUGACACAAAAGCUUGAAAGAACAAAAGCAAUAUUUUUUUUGAACUGACAAAAACAAUAAAGCAAUACACGCAUAAGUUUUUUAACAUCCCAAAAUGAACUUGUGUUUCAAGAACAAAGCACACAUAAACUGAACCAAAGAAAUAAUAGAUUGAAGGGAAGAAGGAAGCAACUGCAGCUUACACAGCUUAUGAAUCC